CUAGAUGCUGAGCGGCUUAGCACAAUUUGGUGGCACAGAUUACAUACUCACGCAUGAAACUGCCUCGUCUUAUUCAAAACCGCCCCAUGCUGGUGUAGUGAUACAAGAGUGAUGAGCACUACGAAGACUAGGUCUAAUAUGCACAUUUCCUCUCAUUAUAAAAACAGCACCCCCGGGGGCUUUCGCACAUGAAAGUCUGAACAAGAGGAUGAUUCACAAAAGUUAAGAUCAUGGGGCCUGUCAUAACAAGCCGGAUAGAGCCACUGGCUGAUGAGAACAUCGCAUAUGGUCAGGAUCAGUCGGUGCUCUUUGAACAGUCGCUAGUCGACACCAUCUCACCUUCACAGACAUUUCGUCCACCAUCGCAAAAUGCUGCCACCCGGCGCUGGCGACCAAUUUACCUACGUCGAUCUGUUUUGUUUGGGUUCAUCUUAGUGUUCAUUCUUAUUAUUGUCACCAUUGAAGUUCUUCUUUCCAUUUCCAAUCGGAACCAGGGGCUUGCUACGAGUACGUCUGCUCAGCAUUAUCUUUGGACGUAUGGGCCGACCGCUUUUCUGACAGGUGUGGCCACCCUCUGGGCACGCACCGAGUAUCAGAGCAAGCUGAUAGCUCCUUGGCUCCGUCUAUCCCAAAACCCUGCUCCUGCUUCUCGAACACUUCUUUUGGAUUACGUAUCUCAGUUUUCUUUUUUCGCUAUAUUUACAUCUUUGAAAAACCGAGAUUUCACUGUCGCCAUCUCAACUACCGUAUCAAUUAUCCUCAAGCUCUUAAUUAUCAUAUCAACUAGCUUGAUAUCUCUUUCGUGGACUACGCUUCACCAAGACUCCUAUCCCAUGUCUCUCCGCGAUAAAUUCGUCGAUAAUACCGCUAAGCUUUCCACCACCGGUGAUCUUGCCGUAUACAUAGUCCAAGGCGCGCGAGAUCAGAACCUCACACUGCCUGAGGGUAUAUCCAGCGAAUACGCAUUUCAAUCUGUGCAAACGAACUUGCCUGAUGAAGUAGAGACAACCGUCGUCGUAGAUGGACUGGUUAACUCGCUUCGGUGCCAUCCUGCGAACGUAACCUUACUCAAGUCUGAAAUCUCAGGAGGAGAAGCAGGCUUUAGGCAAGAGCCCUUGAACUUGCGUAUUUCGUCACCUCGAUGCAAUGUGGCACUUGCACGGCUCCCUGACGUCGAGAUAUAUGGUAAUUCGUCGCUUUUCGCGAGAUUCCAACAGAUCCAAUGCGAUGAAAUUUCCGACGACCCCGGAAAGCGAGUUAUAGUGAUGUUUGGCAACAUAACCAAACCUCCCGCCAUCUCCUCCAGGAGUCUAUCAAACACUAAUAGCGCAAUACAGUCUCGCAUUGUCGGUUACACCACAUCAAUACUCAGUAGAUCGACAAGUCUGCUCUGCACACCACAAUACGCUAUUGACAAAGUCCGAGUGACUCGAAACAGUACCCGGACUAGAUCCGUAAGCCGUGUGAUAGGAAAACCUCGAACGACGCUUGACUCUGUCACCGCCUGGAAUAUAAUGGAAGCGCAGUUUGAAGCUGGCAGAGCGGACCUGAACUACGUUGGCCCUUAUUCAGAUGCCAUCAAUGUCUCGACAACGCCUGUCAACGUAGAUCCUUACAUGUUUACAGCGCUGAAAUCUCAGUUGGAGCCGGGAUCGCGAGUCACGGACCUUUUCGAGAUCGAGGUUUUACAGAAAGUUGCUACCAACUAUUAUCAAGCAAUAGGCGCGGUUAUCGCCAAACAAUCUUUAAUGGUCCCGACUUCAGUGGGGAUUACAGGCUCCGCCACUUUAAACAAAAGUCGUCUCAUUGUGCGUUCUUGGAUCGCGCAGUGGAUGGUCGCCUUGGCUGGUUUCUGUAUUAUUUUAAUAUCCAUCUCGCUCUUCCUGGUUCCAGCAAAAGGAUUCUUGCCAUGUAGUCCGACUACUUUUCCAAAUUUGAUAUCGACCCUAGUGCAAAGCCGGCAGCUCGCGGCCCAGCUACGGUUUGCUGGAGCGUCAGAUACUAAACACCUUGUGGACUUCCUGAGAAAGUCAACAUUUCAAUCAGAAUUUAUAUAUGAUCCCACACUUGACGAGAAAAGGUUCUGCAUCGUCGAUACAGAUUGUGAUGGAAAUGACAGGCCUAAUCCUCAAGUCAGUGCAAAGCUCUUGCAUCCGACCAUUCUUCAUCCCACUUCUCGCUCUCUGCUCUGUGUUAGCGUGGUAGGCUUGAUAAUUUCUUUGGAACUAUUGCUGCACAAGUCUGCUACUCAGAAUGGCCUUGGAGACGUUAGUUAUGACACCUAUAUACAUUAUAUAUGGACCGCGAUCCCAGCACUCCUUUUUGGUACGCUUUCUAUAACUUUUGCUGCCAUGGACUUCCAAAUAAGAACUCUAGCACCAUAUAUGGCCUUAAGGAAGUAUAUUUCAAUAGGUGUAUUCGAACGGCUUGAGCUUCUUGAUAUGACAACACCAAUAGCGAUUCUUGAAGAGUACAGGCUCGGGACUCUUUGGGCUCUAUUUACAACCGCCGGAUUUCUUCUUGCUUCAUUGUUCACCACUUUUUCAGCAGGCUUGUUCCAAGAGCUAAAUCUACCCGCAACAGUACCCCUCACUCUUCAGCCAAGCCGUUCUUUUGAUUCACCGUCCGAUGAACCAUUCCAUAUCACCAACACUGAGAUUCCUUCCUUAAUUUUCGAGGGCAAUUUCACUUUCCCUCGCUUUACAUACAUGGACCUUGCCUUCGUAGAGCUUAAGCCUACUACGGUCAUACCGCCCAAUUUCGAUAAAUCUACUGUUUCAAUCUCGGCUGUGGUUCCAGCAGUGCGUAGUAAAAUGGAUUGCGUUUUAUAUGAGGCCCCCCAAUUGCGUGUAAAUAACACCGCACUACAGGUCGACGGCCUGAUCGAGGUCUCAACCGACAGUCAAAUCGAUUUUCCAGUUCUCAAUUAUAAUAUGGAUAGGGUUAAUACCAAUUCCACCUAUGCUGGCAUAUCAUACUCGUUCCACCCCGGUUCUGAUGUACUUUACUUUUGGGCUAAGUUGGAUUUUGGCGCAACACCUGUGGUACAGCAUGCAGCUGCGCUGGCGUGUAAUCUGACAUUCGAAGCCUUGGAUGUCAAUACAACCUUUAGGAAUACCGCCUUCGACUUAGAUCUGCACGAACACCCACGCCCCCUUGAGGAUACGGUACGGAACACAUCUAUCAACGACUGGAACUUGGCAUUUCACGACGACUUCGAUAAUCUUGCUACUAUAGAUCUUAGCCCACAGUUCAUGGACUCUUUUUUCUCAAUGGUUGUAACUUCCCCAUGGGCAGUCCCUAUGUCAGCUCUUGGCGACCCAGCCGCGAAUGAUGAUGUUAUAGACGCCAUUAAACUCCACAGUCGCAUCAUACUGGCACAAGAAGUGACAGCUAUACGAGGUCCUGCUAGCGAGUCGAAUGCUACCAUUACGGAACCUAUUGGUCCUGGAGACAAUGACGCCCAGCGUACCAUCAACGCUACAGUUACCAAUACUGCUGGUAGACGUCGCAUUGUCCAGGACGAAGCAUCUACACAUAUCUUGGUUGCCCUACUAGCAACCACACUGGUUUUAUUUAUCGUAGGCUGGGUCACUAGCCCUAGGACUGAUGUGUUACCUCGCAACCCAACGACCAUCGCAUCCGUCCUAGCACUAUUGGCAGGUGGGAAUAUAUUUGAUAGAUUGCCAGCAGAUAAAUCGGUUCUAUCUCCCGAGGAAAUCCUUUCUGUCCUUGGCAAUUCUGAAACACGAUUCUGGAUGGGAUGGGGAAAUCUGGCGGACGAAGAGGGCAUACAGUAUGGCGGAGAAAACGAAGGUGGCGUCAGCCAGUUUGGGAUCUUUGCUGUUGAUAAGGACGAUAUGGAUCAGGAUUAGUGGGCUCUAGGGGUAUUCAGAAAGGAUGGACGAUGCCUCUUGUUAAAGUCAUCCGUUGAUACCUACGAUUUCCCCAGAUCCUGACGCUCUUCAUA